AUGUCGUCGUCAAUAGGCAUGCUCAGGAUACGUGCGGGUCCCGGCCUUCGGCGGUCAUCGCCGGGGUACCCCAUUGUCUGCACUCAAAAUGGCCGAUCUCUAAGAUUGCCCUUUCUACCACCUACCUCCGUUCGAUCAGUAGCAUCUUCGUCAUCCUCUUCUUCACCUCAAGCCUACGUCUCGCUCUCCACUAACCCGUGGUUCAACCUCGCCUUUGAAGACCACCUCUUUCGCACCAUCGAGCCUUCAAUACCCGUCUGCUUCCUGUACCGCAACUCUCCGUGUGUGGUUGUGGGACGCAAUCAGAACCCGUGGAAGGAGCUCAACGCAGCAUCUAUGCGGUCACUUUCCCUGCCGAUGGUGCGUCGUCGAUCCGGUGGAGGCACGGUGUAUCACGAUUUGGGCAACACCAACUACUCGUUCCACAUUCCUCGCGAGGCCUUUGAUCGGCGCACACACGCCGAGCUCGUCGCGCGCGCGCUCAAUUCUCCACCUAUCUCCCUACAACAGUCUCGCUCGACGCUGGCUCGAGGGGAUACAGGAGCAUACGUCAAUGGUCGGAAUGACAUUUGCAUCCGCGUCAUGGGCGGGUUUGAUCGGCGGUCGACCCCCAAAACACGCUCGGAGGCGGACGAAGGGGGGUUCGAGGAGAGAAAGGUCUCCGGGAGCGCGUAUAAGCUGGUCAACAAGCGCGCGUAUCAUCAUGGCACCAUGCUGCUCUCUGCCAGCCUAGGAAGUCUAGGUAGCUCGCUGAGGAAUGACAGGGGCGAGCUGCUGGUGACCAAAGGAGUCGCAUCGGUGCCCGCACCAGUGGCCAACCUCACAGACGCUUUCCCGGACCGAAAGGCGAUGCUCGAGCACCAAGGGUUCGUUCAGGCUGUUGUGGCUGAGUUUCACCGCACCUAUCCAGGCGACGAAUCAAAAGGGAAGACAGAGGUGGACGAGGGGUGGUUGGACAAGCCCGAGCUGAACGAAGGGAGGUGGAAGUUGCGGGAGAACUUUGAGGAGCUGCAGAGCUGGGGAUGGGUGUUUGGUCAGACACCCGAGUUCACGCAUCGGGUUGAGAUGCAUGAUUCCAGCGAAGUGGAUGCAAGCUCGACAGGCGAGGGAGGAUGGGGGACGUUUGCAGUGGAAGUGCAUUCGAAGGAAGGGAUCGUGCUGGAUGCCAAGCUGGUCGAUGCCAGGUUCGAUAAUGCGGAAGUGGAAAGGAGGGUGAGAGCGGUGGUACAGGACUUGAAGGGGAGGAGGUACGACGAGCUGGCGCUGCCACCACCGUGGGGGCCGGCGUCGUCGACAGCAACAUCAGUAGCAGGCAUAGACAAGGCGACCAGCAUCGAGGACAAGCUCUUGCACUGGCUUCGGACGGUGUUGUAG